CGAUCAUGGCGUACCAGAACACCAACCUGAUGCCAACGCACAGCGACAGCACUGUGCUGCACCUGGGCGUGAAGGCUGGCCAAGUGGCCAACCGUGUGGUGUCUGUGGGGAGUCUCAGUCGGGCGAAGCUGCUGGCUCAGUUGCUGGACGACGCCAAGUUCGACACGUUCGAGUCGCCGAGAGGCUUCACGACGUUCACGGGCAAGAAGAAGGGGGUACCAGUCUCCGUCAUUGCAACUGGGAUGGGUGUUCCCAACAUGGACUUCGUCGUGCGGGAGACUCGAGCGGUUGUCCAGGGCCCGAUGAGUAUUAUCCGGUUUGGUACAUGUGGAAGUGUGCAAGAGGAAGUUACUCCGGGUAGCGUCGUGGUGAGCGGCAAAGGCUCCGUGAUGGUAACGCGCAACCCGGACGCAUUCUUUCCUGACGCAGCUGGCGAAGAUUGCUACCGAGUAUCACGAGUCAUGCCCGCAUCUCCAGCACUGUCUAAAGCGCUUGUCGCUUCGAUGGAAAGCAAACUUGGCGCGCUCCGUACUGAGCCUGCGAUUGGUGCUUCUAGUGACCGCGACAGAGUUGGCGUGUUUGAUGGACUGAACGCCACCGCCUGCUCCUUCUACAGCUCCCAGGGUCGUCUCGACUCCGAUUUUGACGACCGCAACGAGCACCUCGUGGAGGACCUGACGAAGACGCACCCAGAUCUCCACACGGUCGAAAUGGAGACCUUCCACCUGUGCGAAUGA